CAUAUUCUGUAGGCCCAUUAAGCUUAACAAUGGACAUUUGUGGUGGGCAGAUCUCUUUAUGCUUAUGAUCUGGACAUUAUGGGCCGUCAUUAUGGAUCAUUUUGCGGGUUAGAAAUAUGGGCUCUUGUUGGUCCAAAGCUACUUUACGUUGGCUCGAAGACAAAACAAAACAGAAAUUCACGGGAGUUAGUUGUUGAACAAAACAAAAAUCUGGCAGCGUCCGCCGUCCACUAGUUCCGGGCAAAAUAUAUAAUAAUUAGUUUCUUCAUUUUGUGCAUUUCUGGAUUGUUCUUUGUUUCUUUCUUUGUUCUCGAAGAAAAAACCUCAUUCGUUAAACCCGCCUUACCCAUAAUUUUAUAGCCAAAUAUCAAUUUAUUUUGAUAAGGAAAUCUACUUCAUGACAGAGCUUUCCCCAAAAUAGAAGGAAAUCAAAUAAUCAUUGAUAUCUUUGUGCAAAGCAAAUAUAUGGUUAGCAUAAUAUAUUAUUCCUUAAGAAUGCACCAUACGCCUAUGCUCAUGCAAAACAUUUCUUACCGGAUUCAUUUGUUAAUGAGAGAAUACUAGGGAGUGAGUUUGUUUCAAGUCCUUUUCACUCUUGGGUGGUGCUAUAAUUAAAUUUGUUUUUCAAUGCCAGAGAAUCUGGCAUUGCAUGUCAUAGUAAGGAAUAUUUGCAUUAAUAAGAAUUGUCCUCUCUCUCUCUCUCUCUCUCUCUCUCUCUUAUCUUUCUCUCCUUUUCCAUCUCUUUUGAAGCUCCAUAUGUCAAGAAGAUGAAAGAAACCAAAAUAACCAUUGAUUUUCUUAGCCACAUGAUGAAUCUCUGUUUUUAGUUUCACCAUCUCUUCAAUACCAUUUUAAUGAUCCCAAAAAAUUAUUUUCUUCUUCAUUAAAUUGUUAACCCAGUUGAAGCAAGUCCCACGUAUAAAACUUCUUUCUAGUAUAACAACUCCAAUAGUACCAUAAAAGAAAACUACCUUAAACCCAACCCUCACUCUUUCUAUAUAUAGCAUUCCUUUUUUCCAACUGCCAACACUCUAAAAACCAUGAUGAACAAGAACAACAGCAUCAAUAACAACCUAGCAGUAGUGCAUGAAGAUUCCGUCACUUUCCCGGGAAAACCACCAGUAGGGCCCCACCACUUCGCCUCCGAGUGCUGGUUUGACGACGCCUGCAUCCUCGACAUGGACUACUUCGUCAAGACCCUCUCCGGCAUCAAAGCCAAGGGCGUACGCCCCGACCUCAUCGGCUCCAUAAUCACCCACUAUGCUUGCAAGUGGCUCCCUGAUCUCUCCGGCGACUCCUCCGCCUUCACUACCUCCUCUGACAAGGCCUCCGCCGCCGCUGUGUUUGAAGAAUCGUCCCCGGAGAGCGUCACCGCGUUGUGGAUGCGGAAGCGGUUCUUUGUGGAGACCCUGGUCGGAGUCCUCCCGCCGGAGAAGGACUCUAUCCCCUGCAACUUCCUCCUCCGGCUGCUCCGUACGGCCAACAUGGUCGGCGUGGAGCCCACCUACCGGGCGGAGCUGGAGCGGCGAAUCUCGUGGCAGCUCGACCAGGCGUCGCUGAAGGAGCUGAUGAUACCCUCGUUCAGCCACACGUGCGGGACUUUGCUUGACAUGGAGCUUGUUAUCCGGCUGGUGAAGAGGUUCGUGACCUUGGACGACGCCACCAAGAGCGGAGCCGCGCUCGUCAAGGUCGCCAAGCUCGUCGACUCUUAUCUGUCGGAGGCGGCGGUGGACGCUAAUCUUACCAUGACGGAGUUUGUGGCGCUCGCCGGAGCUCUCCCUAGCUACGCCCGUGCCAUGGACGAUGGGCUGUACCGAGCCGUUGAUACUUAUCUUAAAGCACAUCCAAGCGCGUCCAAGCACGAGCGGAAGAGCCUUUGCAGGCUAAUUGACAGCCGGAAACUAUCCCCGGAGGCGUCCCUCCAUGCUGCGCAGAACGAACGGCUUCCGGUGCGAGCCGUGAUCCAAGUUCUCUUCUCAGAGCAGUCCAAGCUCUCUCGGAAUAUCAACGACUGGAGCGGCUCGUUCAGCGGGACGCGGAGCCCGAACCUGGGGCUGGAGCCGCGGUGCAUGUCGAAGCGGGAAAUGUCGGUGCAGCAGAUGGAGAUACGGCGGCUGAAGGAGGACGUGCUGAGGCUGCAGAGCCAGUGCAACAACAUGCAGGUGCAGAUGGAGCGGAUGCAGGAGAAGAAGCAGGGAGGAGGCUACUUCUUCAAGUGGAGGAGGUUUGGGCUCCUGCCUUCCUUCAAGAGCGGUACGGCCGUGAGUGUGGUUGGGAAUAAGAUCGAUGAGAGUCAUGAUGAAGGUGAUAAUGAUCAUGAACAUCAUCACGUGGUUGGGUUUGAGAGACAAGCGCCGAUGAUGAACAUGAAAACCAAGCUGGUCAGAGGGAGGACCCCACCCAAAUGGAGGAGAUCCAUGUCUUGAUUGAAUGUUCAUGGUGAUGACGUGGUUUCAAAUUAACGACUGAUCCGUGUUGUGCUAACUAUGUCAUAUGUAUGUAUUAUUAUAUUUGUUCGUUUGUUUUUGUAAUAAGUCCUGCAAUAUCACAUGUUUAUUUAGUUAUCUAA